AUGUCUCUUCCCUUAAUGUAUGCGGUUCAUUCUUCCGUUACUCACGAAUGUCUUGAACAGAUUUCCACAAAAUAUCAUCUUGUUGAUAAAUAUAGAGUUGUUCUUCUUGGUCCUACAAUGGUUAUUGAUCAUCUGCCAACAAGUAAAGUUGGUUUUUAUCUUUAUUACUUUGAGAAACCUGAUAGGACUCUUCAUCUAAGUCAAGACAUAGAUAAGAUUUCACGCUUGAAUGUGAUGAUGAAAAAUUUCCCUAAAGCUAUGUUGGGUCAGGCUAGUAUGAGCCCUUAUUGGUUGCGUAUGGGUGUGGUUCCUUCAUUUUUGGUUCGAGGACUAGCACAUGAUCUUGGUUCAGAUGAUUAUAAUCUUCCCAUUAUUGAUGACAGUUUUGAUGGUAGCAGGAGCGAAGGCAUUAAUUCACAAAAUCAGAAGGAGGAUGAGGAGGAAUCAGAGUCUUUAGUCAUAGUUCACGAUUCAUAUGAUGAUGAUAUAGGUGAGCAAACUCCAAAUGUCACCACCAUCCUUGUUACUGUUUUUGGGAGUGAUGAUGAAGGCGAAGGUGGACUGCGACCCAUGGUUCGUUGUAAGAGGGGUAGGGAUUCAAUCGCUUUUGCAGCUCUUGUGGCUGUUAUGUCUGGUGGCGAGGGUAGUAGUGGUAGAAUUGUAAAGAGGUCUCGUUCCUUGGAUCCUGUUACUUUUUGUUCUUUUGUUGAUAGCCUUGGUGUGCAUUGGUCUUCCACUUAA